AUGUGUGACGGCGCCCUGCUGCCUCCUCUCGUCCUGCCCUUGCUGCUGCUGCUGGUUUGGGGACUCGACCCGGGCACAGCUGUCGGCGACGCGGCGGCCGACGUGGAGGUGGUGCUGCCGCGGCGGGUGCGUCCCGACGACGUGCACCUGCCGCCGCUGCCCGGCGCCCCCGGGCCCCGAAAGCGCCGGCGCCCCCGCACGCCCCUAGCCGCCUCGCGCGUCCGGCCGGGCGAGCGCGCCUUGCUGCUGCACCUGCCGGCCUUCGGGCGCGACCUGUACCUGCAGCUUCGCCACGACCUGCGGUUCCUGUCCCGCGGCUUCGAGGUGGAGGAGGCGGGAGCGGCCGGGCGCCGCGGACGGCCCGCCGAGCUGUGCUUCUACUCAGGCCGCGUGCUCGGCCACCCCGGUUCCCUCGUCUCGCUCAGCGCCUGCGGCGCCGGCGGCGGCCUGGUUGGCCUCAUCCAGCUUGGGCAGGAGCAGGUGCUUAUCCAGCCCCUCAACAAUUCCCAGGGCCCGCUCAGCACACGGGAGCAUCUAGUCAGGCGCAAAUGGUCCUCGGCACCCAGCCCCUCCACCGACGCCCACGGUCCUGGGCAGCUCUGCCAGGUUCUAACAGAAAAGAAGAAGCCAAGGAGGGACAGGCCAUCCCGGGACUGGCGGGAGCGGAGGAACGCCAUCCAGCUGACCAGCGAGCAUACGGUGGAGACCCUGGUGGUGGCCGAUGCCGACAUGGUGCAGUACCACGGGGCAGAGGCCGCCCAGAGGUUCAUUCUCACUGUCAUGAACAUGGUGUACAAUAUGUUUCAACACCAGAGCCUUGGAAGUAAGGUGAACAUUCAGGUUACCAAGCUCGUCCUGCUACGACAACGGCCUGCCAAAUUGUCCAUUGGGCACCAUGGUGAGCGGUCCCUGGAGAGCUUCUGUUACUGGCAGAACGAGGAAUACGGAGGAGCCCGGUACCUCGGCAAUAAUCAGGUUCCAGGAGGGAAGGAUGAUACGCCCCCCGUGGACGCGGCUGUAUUUGUUACCAGGACAGAUUUCUGCGUACACAAAGACGAACCGUGUGACACCGUUGGAAUUGCUUACUUAGGAGGCGUGUGCAGUGCUAAGAGGAAAUGUGUGCUUGCGGAAGACAAUGGUCUCAAUUUGGCCUUUACCAUCGCUCAUGAGCUGGGCCACAACUUGGGGAUGAACCAUGAUGAUGACCACUCGUCCUGUGCCGGCAGAUCCCACAUCAUGUCAGGAGAGUGGGUAAAAGGCCGGAACCCCAGCGACCUCUCUUGGUCCUCAUGCAGUCGUGAUGACCUUGAAAACUUCCUCAAGUCAAAAGUCAGCGCAUGUCUGCUGGUCACCGACCCCAGGAGCCAGCAUGCUGUCCGUCUCCCUCACAAGCUACCAGGGAUGCACUACAGCGCCAACGAGCAGUGCCAGAUCUUGUUUGGCACCAAUGCCACCUUCUGCCGAAACAUGGAGCAGCAUCUGAUGUGUGCUGGACUGUGGUGCCUGGUGGAAGGAGAUACGUCCUGCAAGACCAAGCUGGACCCUCCUCUGGACGGCACCGAGUGUGGGGCAGACAAGUGGUGCCGCGCAGGAGAGUGUGUGAGCAAGACGCCCAUUCCGGAGCACGUGGAUGGAGACUGGAGCCUGUGGGGUGCUUGGAGCAUGUGCAGCCGGACGUGUGGGACAGGAGCCCGCUUCCGGCAGAGGAAGUGUGACAACCCCCCGCCUGGGCCUGGGGGCACGCACUGCCUGGGAGCCAGUGUGGAGCAUGCUGUCUGCGAGAACCUUCCCUGCCCCAAGGGCCUGCCCAGCUUCCGGGACCAGCAGUGCCAGACCCAUGACCGGCUGAGCAGCAAGAAGAAGGGCCUGCUGACAGCAGUGGUGGUUGAUGAUAAACCAUGUGAACUCUACUGCUCACCCCUGGGGAAGGAGUCCCCGCUGCUGGUGGCUGACAGGGUCCUGGAUGGCACACCCUGCGGGCCCUAUGAGACCGACCUCUGUGUGCAUGGCAAGUGCCAGAAAAUUGGCUGUGAUGGCAUCAUCGGGUCCGCGGCCAAGGAAGACCGGUGUGGAGUCUGCAGUGGGGAUGGCAAGACAUGCCGAGUGGUGAAGGGUGACUUCAGCCACUCUCGGGGCACAGUCAAGAAUAAUCUUUGUACGAAGGUGUCCACAUGUGUGAUGGCAAAGGCUGUUCCCCAGUGUUUCUCAUGUUAUAUCGAAGCUACCAUCAUUCCAGCGGGAGCCCGGAGGAUUCGCGUGGUGGAGGAUAAACCCGCCCACAGUUUUCUGGCUCUGAAAGAUACCAAUAAGAGAUCCAUCAACAGCGAUUGGAAGAUAGAGCUCCCCGGAGAGUACCAGAUUGCGGGCACAACCGUGCGCUACGUUAGAAGGGGUCUGUGGGAGAAGAUUUCUGCCAAGGGACCAACCAAGAUCCCACUGCAUCUGAUGGUGCUGUUAUUUCAUGACCAAAAUUAUGGAAUCCAUUACGAGUACACCGUUCCUGUCAACUACACCGCAGAAAAUCAGAGUGAACCUGAGAAACCCCAGGACUCUUUGUUCCUCUGGACCCACAGCAGCUGGGAAGGGUGCAGUGUGCAAUGCGGAGGAGGCGAACGCAGAACCAUCGUGUCCUGCACACGGAUUAUUAACAAGACCACAACUCUGGUGAAUGACAGUGACUGUCCUCAAGCAAGCCGUCCAGAGCCUCAGGUCCGAAGGUGCAACUCACAUCCUUGUCAGUCACGGUGGGUGGCAGGCCCAUGGAGCCCCUGCUCAGCUACCUGUGAGAAGGGCAUCCAGCAUCGUGAGGUGACCUGCGUAUACCAGCUGCAAGACGGCACCCACAUCACCACACGGCCCCUCUACUGCCCAGGCCCCCGGCCGGCACCAGUGCAGAGCUGCGAAGGCCAGGACUGCCUGUCCAUCUGGGAGGCAUCUGAGUGGUCACAGUGCUCGGCCACCUGCGGCAAAGGGACGCAGAAACGAACUGUGACAUGCACCAAUUCGCAAGGAAAAUGCGAUGCAUCCACGAGGCCCAAAGCAGAGGAGGCGUGUGAGGACUACUCAGGCUGCUAUGAGUGGAAGACUGGAGACUGGUCCAAGUGCUCCUCAACCUGCGGGAAGGGCCUACAGUCCCGCGUGGUACAAUGUAUGCACAAGGUCACCGGGCGCCAUGGCAACGAGUGCCCCGCCCUCUUGAAGCCAGCCGCCUACAGACAGUGCCACCAGGAGGUCUGCAAUGACAAGAUCAACGUGAACACCAUCACCUCCCCUCGCCUCGCCGCCCUGACCUACAAAUGCACACGGGACCAGUGGACAGUGUACUGCCGGGUCAUCCGAGAAAAAAACCUCUGCCAGGACAUGCGGUGGUACCAGCGCUGCUGCCAGACGUGCAGGGACUUCUACGCAAACAAGAUGCGCCAGCCACCUCCGCCGUCGCUGAGCUCAUGA